AUGUUUGUCGCUUACCAAGUCCGUCCGCUAACGUGUUCUCCUCCUCCUCGACUGCUUUUGUCCCCACCGUUGACUAACCGCUUUAACUGCAGUCCUGUCGCGCCGCCGUGUGAAUGGACCAAGCUGACGCCCUCUAAACGGAAACUGGAGCCCACCGCCCCGCCCUCGACGUCCAAGUUGCGACGUGAGCUGAGUCCGGCCGUGCGCCAGGCCAUCAUCAAGUACGCGUUGAAGAGCAGCGACCACCAGGAGCGGAACGGCGGCGAUGCGACGCAAACGCCGCAGGCAACGGGAAGCGCGCCGCCGUCGGACGGCACGGCCACAACAAAGUGUAGGCUUGGUGGCUGGGGCGGAAAGAACGAGUUGUUUUGAGGAAUUGCUCCGGAUAUUUAUUUGAAGGCCAACUUUUGACGUGUGCCAAAAAAACUAAAUUUUUUUUCGUUCUUUUUGCGCUGCAGAAAAAAUUGAUGUUGUGGUUGUGGUAGUCGGCGGUUUUCUGGUAUUUUUAUUAUUGUGGCUUUGUGCAUUUUCCAAUUUUUGGGUAAAAUACGGCGCUUCUGCCACUUUCUUUUCAAAAAACGCAAAAAAUGCAUUCAAGAAAAGUUUAAAGGCAAAUCCUGAAAGAAAAGUCCAAGUCGGACUUUUAAUAGGCCGCAGUGAAAUUCGGCUUGCGGAAUCGGUAAUUUUGGGAAAAUCGAAGCGCGCAAUUAGCCAACUCCCAAGGCAGGCUCUUCCAGCUUUAACUUCUUGAAAUUUCGCCGCAGGCUCUUCGCUGGGCGUCGAGAUGCGUACUUGAGAUUUAUUAGUCUUUUUACUCGGGAUAUCUGAUGGGGAAUUUAAGUUUUUGGCAAGUUUUGAAACAAAAAAUCUCGAUUUUUUGCAAAGCGUGGGCUAAAAAUCUGAAAAAUGUAGCUUAAUCUAAAUACCCAAAAUUUCGUCAAGUUCGGAGCUUGAGGAUUUGAGAAUUUGAGAAUUUGACCUUUUUUUUGCCAAAACGGGUCAUAAUUUAUAAGGGAAGUACCUCAAGUUCGACGCUCCGAUUUUCUUCAAAUUUUGCACACACUUCAGGCAUAUACUAAAUAUCAAUUACUGGAAGUUCUAGCUCGCGCUUUGCAGGCGCCGCCGAGAUAUUGAAAGAUCUUUGCCGCCGAGAGUACGCCAAGCGAGGAGAGCGGUCAGAGAAAAAAAAAACACUUUUUGGUCAUAACUUUGCUAGUUUUGUGCGGAAAAAAUUGAUUUUUCGUGGAAACAUUACCCUUUACCGUAGAACUAGACAUGAAAAUUUUCGUGUCGAAAGUCAGCAAAAAGUCUCAAAUUUUUGCCGACUUUCUAUCUAAAAAUCUCGGUUGUUUUUGCAAAGCAAAGGCGCUUAGAUUCUCGCAUAUAUUUCAGAAAAGAUUGUUCUAAAUUUGUGACAAGUUUCAUCAAAAUCUGAGCGCCGCACUUGGGGUAUUUCCCUUGUUACUACAACUCACUCUAAAAUCAUCAAACAUAAUGGAUUUCUCAUCAAACUCCCUCAACUCUUCCCCCACCCCUCCAACUCCAAUCCUGACCACCGCCCGCCGAGUUUCCCGACCUCCACCACCCACCCCACUCAUCGCCGGCCCCACGGGACGCGCCGACGUCUUCGGCACUGAACCCGGCGGCCGUAAAAACCCGAGUUUUGGGCCGUUUAAGGCCCGAAGAGGGCGAAGACGUCGGGAGGCGAAAAAACAAAAAGAAAAGCCCAUCGGAUUCUGCGGCUUUUUUCUUGGAAGACGACCGCGAAGAAUGUCUCCCUUCUCGGGUCUUUCGGGCCGGGACUUUGGCAUCUCCAGAAACUCCGGGUUCCCGUUUCAGUCCCAUUUGUUUCGGUGGGUCCGACAAAAAAUCGCUUAGCUUUUGAGGAGUAGGGGAGAGUUUAGGGUCUACUCUGCUUUUUGUGUUAUUUAUUACCUGAUUUUUUUUUAGAGAAAAAAAUCUGAAAGUUCGAAAAAAAAUAUUUAAAAAUCUUAUUUUUUCCAAAUUUUUUUUCAAAAAAAGUCAUCGUAUCUUGGCAAAAACUCAACUUUCAUAUGUAUCCUUAGUAUAAAAUCACCCUAUAUUUUUACUUUUUAUAAGCAAACGGGUUCCCCACGCGCAAUAAUUAAUUGUUUUCCCAUGAAAACAGUUUUUGGCGGGGGUUCGAUGGGAAAAAAUCUAAAAGCAGUAAAUGCAUUAGUAUUUUUUUUAUUUUAUAUGGCUUCCAAACGGUUGUGGGGCUUAGAGAAUGGUGAGCUAUUUUAUACGAAUAUCUUGCUAUUUUCGGGGGGAUUCAUCACAUUUUGGCCCUCAGAUUUUGAUGAAACUUGGAAAAAAUUUUGAUCUGAAUUUGCUAAGGGAUAUUUGAGAUUUUUAGCUCGCGCUUUGCAGAAUGGAUUGUAAUUUUUUGUGUAAAACAUGCCGAAAAAUUGAUUUUUUCGAAUUUUAAGAUAAAAAAUCGAUAGUCAUAACCUAAGGAGGGUAAAAAAUUUUUCCAGAAAAAAACUUUUUUUAAAAGAGAAGCUGUGAAGAUACUGCCUCAAAUUUCCGAUAUUUUUUAGAUCGAAAAUUGGCAAAAAUAGGGCAAUUUUUUUUUGUUUUUGCGUACUCUUUCUCGCGCAAAAAUUGUUGAGUACUUGCCCUUCCGGAAAGUCACCGGACUGAGCAAAAGCUGAAAUAUUGAGAGCUUUACUUUUACAAUACCACUCAUGCAUUAUUUUUCCAGAAAAUUUGGGAAAAAAUAUUUUUCUUUCUAUGAAUAUUUUUUUAAUUUUUAUUUCUAAAAAUUUAACCUUUUCAAAAAAAAAUCAUUUUCCUUCAGGUAAAAACCCCAAAACCUCCAAAAAUGCGAUCAAAAUUUGUUUUUAGCCCACCCUCGAAAGGUUGCCCGCGUCCCAGUCCAAGAUUGAAUUAAGCCCGAAGAUCCAUUUUGGACCCUUUAUUUGGGCUCCAAAUUCUCAAGGAAAUUCUCAUUUCCUGGUAUUAAAAAUGGAUGAAAAACGCGCGCUGAAUGAUUAGUCUUUGGGGAGAUGGCCACAACGGAGUACAUUCUUCAUUUUUGGAGUUUUUGACGUCAAUGAACAUUUUUUUUGUUUUUGGAUUUUGUGGAAAAAAAGUUUUAGGAUUCCUCAAAAAGUAAUGAGUUCCUUUUUUGGGGAAAUUUUGAUUUAAAGCUGACUGAACAUGUUGUUAACAAUGCUCCAUGUUACUGAUAUUGAUUAUUAUUUUUGCCGAAUUUGGUUUGUUGAAAAAAAUAUUGCUACAAAUACAAGUUUCCGUUUUUUCUGGCCACCCUGUAUUGGAUGUUCGGGGAAAUAAUGGGCGCUCACUCGCAUCGAACAUUGCAUCGCCGCUGAUAAAAUGGAUUGUGUUGCGGCAAAAUCAAGUUGUUUUUUACUUCAGCGACACGAUCGGCGCAGCUAUACUCUGCUCACAAUUCUCGAGGGACAAAGCUUUUGAAUGGCGGCGCACUUUGCAGAUAUCUGAAGACUUUCUGUCCUAGCUAGUACUACAGUGAGGGACCGGAUCCAGUGGCAAAAAACGUCCCACUUUGCAUCCCGGAAGGGACCAAAACGUCUCCAAACCCUUCCCUUCUCUAAGCUAAAAAACUCCGCUUUGAAAAGCGCGCCCUUUCCUUCAAGGCGGGAUUUUCAAAGCGGAUUUUUUUAGCCUAGAGAAGGGAAGGGUUUGGAGUCGUUGUUUGCCGAUCCGGUCCCUCACUGUAGGCCGGGGCUUUCCACUACAAAUAAGGGAGGUCUUUCAGACGGGGCACAUACAGUGGGGGACCUGAUCCAGCGGCCAAAAGCGUGCCAUUUCGCAUCCGGGAAGUAUCAAAAAUGUGGCAAAAUGCUUCCCUCUCCAAGUGAGAAAACUUUGCUUUGAAGGGAGCGCCCGUUUUCCUCACAAAAAGAGCGGGCGCGCUUUUGAAAUCUGAGUUUUUUUCACUUGGAGAGGGAGGUAUUUUGCCACAUUUUUUGUUAUUAUACUUACUGGAUGCAAAAUGGUAUGUUUUUUUGCCACUGGAUCAGGUCCACGCCUGUAUGUGAGAAGCCGACAGAGUAAGCUAAACGUGGGGAGCGGUCAAAGAGAAAAACACUUUUUGGCCAUAUCUUUGCCAGCUUCGUGUGGAAAAAUAUGUUUUUUUGUGGAAACAUUGGAAACAUCACGCUUUACUGUAGAAAUAAAUACGAAACUUUUCAUGCCAAAAUUCGCAAACUUUGAUAUUCCACAUUAUACAUAUAUGUGUUGUUUUUCACUGUUUUGUGGUUGUUUAUCCGUAUUUUAUUUAUUUUUUUUUUUUUGAUUUUUUCACUUUUCAAACCACUGUAAUUUCAUUGUGAGAACGUUUUUAUUUGUAAAAAUCACCGUGUCGUUGUACUAUAAUUUUGUUUCGUGAGAGCCAUUUUUUCGAAUAUUCAAUUUUAAAACUUUAGUGAGUCAAAGCGGGUCAUCCAAGGGUACCUCACCUGAGCCAAAUCCAGCAAAUAAGACUGACAAUCGACCGGAAAAUAGGUCAGAAAAUCGACCCGAAAUUCGACAAGAAGACCGGCCAGAGGAAAGGUCAGAAAAUCGACCGGAAAAAAGGUCCGAAAAUCGACCAGAAAGUAGGUCAUCAUCAGCAAAUCGACCAGAAAAUCGACUGGAAAAUCGACCUGAAAAUCAACCAGAAACUAGGUCCAAAAAUCGAGCUGAAAAUCAACUAGAAGAUAGGUCAGAAAAUCAACCCGAAAAUCGACCAGAAAAUCGACCGGAGACCCCCGAACUGACCAACAACAAGGUCAUCGAAGUCCCCGAACACCGCCCUUCCAGCUCCUCGCCCCAUCUCCACCCCAAUCCCCAAAUAAAACACGCCCGCUCCGGCGACAUCCCCGCCGACCAGCCCACGCUCGCCGCGCACAGCCACAGCGCCAACGCCACUCCGUACAACGCGAACCAAGGCACGGGCGGGUUCGGCGCCCUGUUCCGCGAAACCAAAGGACACAUCAGCAACAUCCUCGACUCGGUCACGCAGAACUUGUUCACCAACAGAGUGAGUCAGGGUUGACGCAAGUCUUUAGGGGGGAAAUGGCUCGCAAAAUAGGGCGUAGAAAACUUGGGAGUUUGCAUAAUUUUUGGAGGAAAUUUUGUAUAAAAAUCAGGGAAACUGAUGUUAUGGGGAGAAAUUUUUGUUUUGAGCAGUCUGAAAACGUUUUGCAAACAUUUUUUUUCAUUUUUUGCUGUAUGGACCACUCUGCGAUUUCCAUGGUAUGUGAAAAUUUUCACCAUGAAAUUUUUUCUCAAAAAAAAAUGAGAAAGAAUUUAUUUUUUGUUGAAACAUUACCCUUUACGGUAGAAAUUGGUAUGAAACUUUUCGUGCCGAAACCCGGCAAAAAGCCUCAAAUUUUGGCUGACUUUCGAUCUAAAAAUCUCGGCUGUUUUUGCAAAGUAAAAGCGCUAAGAUUCUCGCAUCUAUUUUACAAAAAAAAAAUAUUCUAAAUUUGUGCCAAGUUUCAUCAAAAUCUAAGUGUCGCAUUUGGGGGUACUUCCAUAAAAAACUAAUUUUUAAAAAUCCUUCUUUUGCCACACAAGUUCCCAAAUUGCAUAAAACAAGUCUUGACGGUCGCAUUCAUCGUCAAUUCUCCAUUUCAGUUCUUUGGUGGCGCCGUCGAUCAAGUCCCGACGUUGGAAAGUUGUUCAUCCGGCUUCGAGCCCGCGACAGUGGACCGACCUGGGUUCGGGUCGCCGUUUCGGAGAAUGAAUGCCUCCACUUCGUACAACAAUUCCGCCAACGGAGGCGACGCCUUUUACGAUGUGGAAUUCAACGACACCAGAUGUCGGUUGUUGAAGAGAUAUGGCAGUGUGAAGGUUAUCGGAUCCGGUGCUCAAGGACUUGUUUUGUAAGUGAAAUUCUUGCAAAAAGCAGAGUUUGAUCGCUUUUUUCGCACUUUAUUUGACAAAAAAUCAUCUCUGAAAGAAUUAUAAACACUAUUUUCACCGAAAAAAUUCCGAAAAAUAUGUCAUUAUGACGGAUUUUUUGACAAAUUUUUAUAAGAUUAAAAAAAAUUUAUUUUUUUUUGUUCAGUCAACGUACCAAAACAUUUGCCAAAAUUUUGAAAAAAACUUACAUUUCCAAAAAAUAUGUCAUGAUGACCAAUUUUUUGGAAUUCGAAAAUAUCGAAAAAUCUAAUUUUAAAGUGCUGUAAAACAUUUAUAUUAUCAUGUCUAGCAAAAAAUUCAAAAAAAAAUACGUCAUGAUGACGUAUUUUUUGGAUUUUUUCAUCAAAAAAUCUCAUAAUCAGCAAUUUUAUAAAUUCAGUUUUUUCUUAAAAAAACGCAAAAUUUUACUUAAUUUACGGCUGCUUUUCAGAGGCGCUUUCGACAACGUGACGGCUACCAAGGUGGCGAUCAAAAAGCUGACCCGCCCCUUCAGCAACGUCACGCACGCCAAACGAGCAUAUCGAGAGUUCGCUCUCCUCAACCUGGUCAACCAUCGAAAUGUAAGGACUCUUUUUUCACAUUCUUUGACUUCGAAAUUUAGAUUAUCCAACUGCUGAACGCCUACACGCCGCAGCACUCGCUGGAGACCUUCUGCGACCUGUAUUUGGUCAUGGAAUACAUGGACGCGAACCUGAAUCAGGUCAUUCAGAUGGAAUUGGAUCAUGAACGAAUGUCCUACUUGUUAUAUCAGAUGCUGUGUGGUAUCAAUCAUCUGCACAAGGCGGGGAUCAUCCACAGGGUAAGCGGUUUUUUCGGGGAAUGUUUUUUUUGGGGGCAAAAUUGAUUUUUUGGCAAAAAGAAAACUUUUUUGUAGAUUUUUUUGCCUGCAAUCCAAGAAUUUGUUUGAUUUUGUAAUUAUGAGCUUGUCGGGAAAACAAUGAGCACAUCGAAAAUCGGAUCGCCGCCGAGAAAAUGAAUUGUGUCGCGGCAAAAUCAAAUUGCUUUUCACUUCAGCGACGCGGCUGUCGCAGCGACAUUGUUCUCAUUAUUUUCCCGACAAACUCAUCGUAAAAAUUUUUAUUUUUAAUAAAAAAAUCACAGGGGAAAUCCCCAGAUCUUAAUAAAGGCUCGUUUUUCACUGUUCGAAAACACUCAGGAUGCAAGCGACAGCCCAAAAAAAAGUUAACAAAAACGAAACUUCAGGACCUAAAGCCCAGCAACAUUGUUGUGAACCUGAAAUGCGAGCUCAAAAUCCUCGACUUUGGGCUGGCCCGGAACACCGGCGACACCGCCAUGAUGACUCCGUACGUCGUGACGCGCUACUAUCGCGCGCCCGAAGUCAUCCUCGGCAUCGGGUACAGCGCGAACGUGGACGUCUGGUCGAUAGGUUGCAUUUUCGCGGAGCUGAUUCGAGGCCGGGUUCUGUUCCCCGGCACCGACCACAUCGAUCAAUGGACCAAAAUUGUGGAAGUUGUGGGAACGCCGGGCCAGGAAUUCACUGGACGGCUGCUGAACACGGUGAGAACGUAUGUGGAGAACAGGCCCAGAUACGAGGCGAGGCCGUGGAAGGUGCUGUUUCCGGACAGCAGUUUCCCGGAGACUGUGGAACCGCGACUGUCUGGUGAGUUCUUUUUUGAGGUUAACGAGUUUGGCUGAUAAGUAGAAAGUUUGUGUUUCUGAUACGUAGAAAGUUCGCCAAGUUCAACGCUCAUAUUUUUUUGAAAUUUUGCGCAUUUUCUUUGACUAGGUCGCACAUAAAUUCUGAAAGUAUGAGUUCACGUUUUGCAGGGGAAGCAGAGAUAUUCAACAAUUUUUGCGGUUGAGAGAGUACGCGAAACCCGGACAGCGGUCCGAGAAAAAAAAUGUUUUUUGGCCUUUCUCCAAUUUCGCGAGGAAAACUAAUUUUUUUUUGUAAAACCUAGCCAUUUGUGGUUUAAAAAAGACAUCAAUUUUUCAUGGGCGAACUCAAAAAAAUUUCAAAUUUGGACCAACCUUUGCGGCUAAAAACCUCGGAUUUUUCUGUAACAUGCGAGUUAUAAACCUCGUAUCCGUCCUAGAAUAAAUUUCUCUAAAUUUGCGUCGAAUUUCAUCAGAAUCUAAGCAUAAAACUUUGAGCCCCGUCAGUUUCCAAAAAACCCGUUCAAAUUUUGAUUAUUAAACUUUUCAGCCGCCUGUGCCCGAGAACUCCUCUCCAAGAUGCUCGUGAUCGACCCCAACUAUCGUAUCACCAUCGAACAAGCCCUUCAACACCCCUACGUGCAUUUGUGGUACGACGCGGAAGAGGUGGAAGCUCCACCGUCCGGCCGCUACGACUCGGCGGUCGAAAGCGGCGAGCACACCGUAGAUGAUUGGAAAAGUAAGAAACCCUUUCGAAAAUUAGUAUCCUUCAAUUUAGCUCUCAUCUACAACGAGAUCAAGGAGUACGAAGGCAUUCAUGACAUCUAUGGCGGCGCCGGGCCCGAGAAUGACUUGUCCAGACUGCAGGGACUUCAGCAGCAACAGCAAGGUAAGGAAAAAGGGCUAUUAAAGUUUUGGAGGCAUGGAAAAUGAGCGGCGAAAAAGAAUUUUCCUCUGUACAACAACUUUUUUCGAUUUUUUUUUUUUAAAUUUAUCAUCCUUUUUCAGCGCCCACCGCCCAAUUCGAGCAGAUGGAAUGCUAA